UAUAACUGUAAACCAAAAGUGAACUUGUGGAGUUACACUAGGGUAAAUGAAGAUAAUGGGGAUUGUGAAGAAGCACGUUACGGUUAAAAUGAACUGUGAACAUCCUGCGACAGGCUCUAAGGUAUACGUUAGGAUUCGUGCUAACGUUUUUAAUAGUUUCAUUACCAUAUUAUUUGGCCAUUUGAUUAAAUCAGCACCAUGUACAAGCGUGUUUUGACUUUCUGGUACUUUUUGAAGAACCUUGUUUUUUCCUUACACUUGCUACGAUUUUGAAUGGAGUAUAUAUCACAGGAACAAUGUUACAACUUACAAGGCUCGAAAACGUUAACUAAAUUAAAAAUAAAAUAAAAGUUUUCAUGGGUUGGGCCAGUUAAUAAUUUAAUAAAUCCUACCAAAGAGUCUUAUUAAUAAAUGCAGAUUUCAGUUUUCACACAAUUGUAGUAAAUGCACCAGCUGCAUUUCCCACCCACCUCUCAUCUCUUCUACGGUUCUACCCCUAACUAAUUAAUUCAUCAAAAUGAUGUUCUAAAAUUAAAGUUAUUUUUUCCCAUCAUUCUCUCUCACACAUGGACCCAUCUUUCUUCUUAAUCAUCAAAUGUCAACCGCCUCUUACCUCUUCCACCCUCCUCCUCUUCCGCCGUCGCCGCCACAAGAAUCCAACCACUCUCACCUCACAACUCUAGGCUUUGGCUACACCAUAGCCAUAGGUCUCGGUUUCCUCGUCCUCAUUUCCAUCGUUCUUCUAUCCUCCUACAUCUGUUGCCGUGACUCUCGCCGCCGCACAACCGCUGUUGAAACCACCGAGGAACGUGGCAGAAGCGUAAAUCUCCCUCGCGUAAUCUUUGUCUCCGAAGAAGACAACGAAGAUCUUGAAGCGGGUGACGUCAUCGUGGGACUAGACCAAGCCGUUAUAAACUCGUACCCUAAGUUCCACUUCUCCAAAGAAACCUCCGCCGCGUCUUCCGAUGGGUUUGGCGGCGGAGGAGAUACGUCGUGUACGAUCUGUUUGUGUGAGUAUAAAGAAGCAGAGAUGUUGAGGAUGAUGCCCGAGUGUAAACACUACUUCCAUUUAUGUUGUCUUGACGCGUGGCUUAAACUCAACGGUUCUUGUCCUGUUUGUCGGAACUCGCCGCUUCCAACGCCUACGUCUACACCACUUUCAACACCUUUGUCGGAAGUUGUCCCGCUCUCGCUGUAUGCCGCUGAUCGGAGGAGAGCAAGAAGAUGAGAUGUAUUUUACAUAGAUCCAUUCGCCUAAUAAAUUAAUUAGGGUUAUUUUAUUAUUUUUUGUCUCCGUUUCAUUACAAACUUUACUGAUUUGUAAUUAAAAUUUUCUUCAAAAGUGGAGUUUGCCAUUAAUAUCAUCGAAAUGAAAUUUAGUUCGAACGA